CGCACUGCGCUUCCGUUGCCCAUGACACCGGAACGAAGUUCUGACAGCUGAUUCUCCAAUCAGUUUAUAUCCACUCGGAGACCCGAAAUAAUCAUUUUAGAAGUUAUUUCCAGUCGGACCUACCUCAUAUAACCUCCUGCUGGAGUUACAGUCGGCGCAUUGAGCGGAGGAGGACAGCUGAGUAUGGUGUAGCACGGAGCGCUAGCUCUGAGACAGCAGGUAGUCUCUGUCAGUGUUCAACGCCAGGUUGCAGUGACUGACAGCCGGGGCAGGCAUUUAAGGAGCAUUGCAGUGCAGCCCAGUGCAGCGUGGGGCAGACCGAGGCAGACCACAGUAGAGGAGCCAUGCUUACGUUGGCCAGUAAGCUGAAGAGGGACGAUGGAGGAAAGACGGGCCGUGCCUCAGGAGCCUCAGACUCCACCCAUAGGGUCUCCAUCAGGGACCGUCUCCUUACCAAAGAAGUUGCAGAACUUGAAGCCAAUCUCCCUAGUACAUGCAAAGCCAAUUUCCCAGAUGAGGACAAACUGCAUCAUUUUCAGCUGGCAGUGUCUCCUGAUGAAGGUUACUACCAAAGUGGAAAGUUUCAGUUUGAAAUCGACGUCCCCGAAGCCUAUAACAUGGUGCCUCCUAAAGUGAGAUGUCUGACCAGAAUAUGGCAUCCCAAUAUCACAGAGAACGGAGAGAUCUGUUUGAGCUUAUUGCGGGAACACUCUAUUGACGGCACAGGCUGGGCCCCCACCAGAACAUUAAAGGAUGUUGUCUGGGGAUUGAACUCCUUGUUUACUGACCUUUUGAACUUUGACGACCCAUUGAAUAUCGAUGCAGCAGAACAUCAUCUGAGAGACAAGGAGGAUUUUCGGAAUAAGGUCCAAGAUUACAUCAAGCACUAUGCCAGAUGAUAGAAGCAUCAGCUACCUAACGUCAGCCUGCACCAACCAACCAAACUGCUCUACCUUGCCUCUGCUUACCUUGGCCAACUCCCCCACGUGUGUGAACCAACAGCUGACUCUGACUCUUACCACUCCCCUCCUCUCGGCACAGCUCUGCCCAUUACCUGCUGUUCACCUGAUUGCAAUAAACUCCACAUUGCAGGAACAAAAUAAAAAAAAAAGGAAAAAAAAAAAAAGAUGCGUUUGAGGAAGGGCUUGCAUACAAAAGAAAAUUGUGCUUUAAUUAUACUAAUCAAUGAGUGUUACAAUGACCACAAUGUCUGUCCAUUGUGGAGAGAUCACUGAAUGAAGCCGCCUCACUGGGACGUCCCCGAGCCGGACGGAAACGAGCCAUGGCAACGAACGGCGAGGGACGAGAUGUGAUGAUUCACGGGCGGGGAAAAAAAAAAGAACAGAAAUGACGUUCAAGUGUGUGAAAAUCUGAUGAAUCAUGAGAGGGAAUUUCUGUUGCUAUCAGUUCUCUGUUCCAGUGCCUGCCAUGUUUGUGUCGCAAAAGAGAAAAUGCAUGUGAGUUCACAAAGAAAAACACACACGGUGUCACGUCCUGUAGUAAAAGGUGAAUACACAGGUUGCUGAACACUAGCCUAUCAGUCAAACACACACACUGACGACAGAGAGCCUACUGCCCCACUAGACAGCAUGUGAAUGACCACAAUGUCUCGUUCUAUGUUCAUUCUCCUUGCAUGUGAGCAAAUCUCAUUCAAACCUUUUGUGCGUUUUCAUUUCCAGUACAGCAUCAUUCGACUACUAAAUUCACAGCAAAAUGUAAUGCACUGUGUUUAGUAUCACUCAUGUUUCUCCUCCUUCCUCCAUCUGUCUCUCUGUUAUACACAAACCAACAAAUAUCCUCUUUUCUCUGGGAGGUUUAUUCAUACUUUCAGUGCAGUCAUAAAGUACUACAACAGUGACACAUUUCACUCUGCAUGACGCAAUGACUAAGAGGUUUAAAGGAUUCAUUAAGAUUUUAAUAUUUUAAACAAAAGCAAAACAGUACAGCCCUUUUUGUUCAUGGUUCUCAAAGUUUAAUGGACAAAAUGUUACCAAACAUGACAUUAAAUCCACAAUGAUUGCUACAUUACAAUAAAAAAAGCCCUAAAUGGCAAUUUGAACCCACAGAGAAUUAUAAACUGCAUCCCCACACCCCCAUUCUUGCUUAAUGGUGCUUUCUAGUGCAUUUUGACAAUCGGUUAAGCUCUCCUGCCUGCAACUUUUAUGUUCUGGUUCACUCUGAUUGGGCUGUUUUUAAGCUGCAAAAGGCAGGAAAAAAGCUCCAAAACCCCAUCGUAUCAUAUCCACCCAGCACUUAACAGCAGGCAGAAACAGAUACGGACAAGCUGAAAAAUAAGGUGAAUUAUUCAGCCGCUCAGGAGCCCAAAAUUUCCAUUAAGAGCGGGAGCUGAACAUUGGAUAGUAAACAGCAGUAUAGCAUUCAUAAAGCCUUGCAUAAACAGUGCAAUUUCAGGAUGAUUUUAGUCAGGGUUUUGAGUUGAAUGACUGAUUUUGAAGUGAGGCAGAAUUUCAGCUUGAUGACGUGUCAUUUGUUGAGCAGUGAACAGGGGGGCAAGAUCAUGCCCCGCUUCACUGCUCCAAACCGAUCUACUCAAUUUUUGGCAUGAUUGGCAUGUUACCCAGUUAAACAAAUAAAGUCAGCACUCUGAGAAGUUGGCACCAGAAUUACAAGUCCUUAAAACUGACUAUCAAAGCUUGUAUCAAUUCAGGCCCACAGCCCAGGUUAGAUGCUAUGUCUAAACUGUAACACAGCCUUUAGCUGCUUUGAGCCACUAUAGCUCCAGUUACUUGCUACUAAUAGGCUGGAAAAAUGCUCUGAUGUAAAAAAAAAAAAAAAAAAAAAAAAAAAAGACAGUAGGAGCAGUGCUUUUUUUGUCCGUAUUUCAAUCUAGAAAAUCAAGAGAAAGUUGUUUGCAGGCUAUGUCCGGUUAUACUGGCAUUUAUGCACUUAUUCAAAGCAUUAAGUCACCAAAUUUAGCACAGAAUAGUAAACGUUUACCUCUGCAAUAGUACUUACAUUGCUAGUGCAAACCACGCAAGGCAACAACUUUCUGCCAUUGUGUUAAAUAGUGCUUGAUUUUGACUGUUUUUAAGGUGUUUUCCUGAGCCUAGUUGGCUAAAUGCACUUAAAAUUAGUGUUUAACCACGUAUGAAAUUAGCCGCUCAAGGAAACAAUAGCCUAUUUCACCACUCCAACACUCUUUUUCCUCGAUUGCACCUGCAUAAACUGGCGAUAGUGCCCUGAAAGCAUCAUGAAAAAAUCAGGCCUGCUUGUUCGAUGUCCUAUCUUUCAAAUCAUUAAUGAGAUGACAUAGAUGCAGACGUCCUGGCAUAUAAUAUGACUUAAAUCACACAGGUCUGAUUUCAGCUUCUGUCUUUUGGAGUUUGUAUAGGAAAUUAACAACUGUCAGUACUGUGUCCUCGUCUCAGUCGAAGUGUGAGCACUCAGGUCUUGCCUGACUAUCGUACUGCACCGAUCUGAGUACAGCAUGAUGCCAUAAAUCUUGAGCGUUUUUGUCCUACAGUUCUGAUCAUACAGCAGGAGUUGAUAUUCCAACAGUCUGCAUGCCUAUCUCUAGGUGGACAGUCAUAAAUCAUGAUUUGAAACUGAAUUCUGUUUCUGCUGGACAUUCCUGGAAUAAAUAAAAGGGAUCUGGCAACAGACCGUACAUCUCUGAUGGCCCUUCCUGCAGACCAUUCAUGAGAGACUCUGUCUUUGUCAGGAUGGACAUACACACUUAACUUUCAAAAUAAAAUUGGUUUAGACUUCAGUGGGGGGAUAGGGUAAGGAUUAAGGUGAUGGUUAGGACAAGUUAAAAUCCUGACCUACAAAACUCGCUUAUAAAUCAUUGAAUAAAUCUGGACAAACAGUCUGCUUACAGGAUUAAAGCUUGACCAUAGUGAAAAACACUAACGCAGCAAAAUACCUUACAUAGCUCUGUUAGCUGCAUAAGCUACCUAGAUAACGGAGCUACAUAGCUAAUGUGGUUAAGCCAAACUCACAAAGCAGUUGCAUGAACGACAUAGCUAAACUAGCUUUCGCUACGUUUUUUGCUAAAACUCAGCUUGCUACAGCUAACUUGGCUACAUUUGCUUAUGUAGUCACAUUAACUACAUAGCAAGUGUAGCAGCGUUAGCUUUAGCUAAAGCUAAUGAAGCUAAAGCAAGCCACUGUCGGUGUAACUACUUCUUAAAUGGGUUGAUACAUGAUUUAAUCCCAGAUUAGACCUCCUUUCUUUAUUUGAGAUGUUGCUUGGUCUAUAAUAUUUGCAGUUUGGUUAUUUCAUGAAUGUAGGUGCUUGACUUUGUUUAUGAAGGAAGUUGAAUUCAAAAAGAAAUCUCAAACUGGAAUUUCAUUGUACCUGCAGAUUAUGGCACUUCCAUUAUAAGAUGUACAGCGUCUAACUCGAAUGGUCUUUGAGAGGGUUGUACAGUCAGAAGUCAGACUGUCUUGGAAUAAUUAACGAAAAGCUCAUAAGUGAAUAUUUUAUGCACAAUUUUCCACCAGCCUCAAGUGACAGAACAAGAAGAAAUGUAUCCUUAUUGUUUUAUCCCCUAAAUUUUUGCAUCAUUGAAUGGGGGCACCAAGCAGACCAAGGAAAAGUGCUUAGAUUUGGGUACUUGGAUACUGAAUACAUAUACAGAUACUUUAUAAUACCUCUACAGUUUUUUAAAGUGAUAUUUAAAGUUUUUUUUAUUCCCAUCAGAUUUGCUCACUUCUCAUUUUGACAAUUUAGCAGAGCACCAUUUUCAGAUUACUUUUGUUAUUUUUACAUAAAAUAAAAACUGCAGACAUGGCUCCAAAUUUAACCUUCAAGUCCAAAUAAUCAGAAGCUGACAUCAUAAUGGAAAAGAUAUUGAGAACAGCCUUAAUAAUGUUAUAAGUAUGAGUCCAUAGGCUUAGUAUUGGUAUUGGUGCAGGUCCUAUUCUGUUCCCCCAGCAUUCAUGCAAACACCUUAGACAGGAUUAAUAGAGGAUAGAGAUGAGAAUCCAGAACUUAAACCUCAAAGUCAUUGUGCCAUUCCCAGUCAUGUGAGUUGUUAAAGACAUUUCACCAUCCUAGACUUUAUGAAAGCACUGUUUGCUCCUCUUAUACUGUGGGAGAUAUCCUAACCACCAUGCAAUGUACUUCCAGAGGACAGUACUCCAGUCUCUCUUUUUUUAGUCAAAAGUUUGUUUUCACUGUCUGCAUAUGCUCUGAAAAGUCAAAAGCAGAGGUUCAUAACGACACUUGGGUAGCAGUGCUACUAGCUAGUCAAGGCAGCACGCAGGCAAAUGAGCUAAUGUUUUUUUAGUGCUUUAAUGGAACUCCCUUCAUGGCUGUGUCAAAGAUUAUUUGGCGUGCAGUGAGUUAGCCAAUUGGAGUUCCAGAGAGCAUGUAGUGGUACCAUUCUACAGCUAAAAUGGUGUCAGUAGACCAUGAGAAGCACUGAACCUCCUCUAAGCAACUAAACUUAUCAGACACGUCUUUCUGAACCUCUGCUGUGGACAUUUAUGGUAAAAUGUCUCCUUCUGUGCGCACGUCUGUUAGAGAGAGAAAGAAAGCGAGACUGUCCGUCAGUCAGCCAUUGAGGGUGUGUUGUGUUUGUGUGUUUGUUUGUGUGUGUUUUAUUCGGCCCUGGGUAGCAUCGUGCCUCCAGUUUGAGUCGUUAUCUCUGAACAUCAUGACUGGUCUCACUCCAUUCAGCUUUAUGUUCACACGUCUGCAUGAGGCAAAGUCUUUGUGAUCUGCCAGUGGUGCAUUUUACUAAGGAUGUCAGAAAUGUAGUUUUACGUUGGAGGUGUGCGUGCGUGUAAAAGUUGAAACUCUGUGCUUGUUGAGUGAGUGUAUGCGUGAGCGCAGUUACAGUAUGACAUGUUGAAAUGAUGUGACUUGUUAGCAUGCUCUGGUUCCCUUUUACCCCUCUUCUUUGGUUAUUCUGGCCCCAUGGGUAAACAGCUCAAGUUAUUCUUGUUUUCAAGCAGAACAACAGCAGACGCUGGCUUCUGCCAAAAUAAAGGAUCUGACAAUAUAAUAAUUACCAGGAUUAUUGAAAGAAUAUGAGAAUGUUGGUGAUCCAUGGUGUUUCUAGUAAAGCUUGAAGGCAGAAGCAACCUACUGUUGAUAUGAAGCCAUCCUGUCACUGACUGCCAUGGUAAACCGUUGCAUCCUGGAUAUGGUAGCCUGAUUCUUUGUACUGAAUCUUAGCCUUACUAAUACUCUGACUUAAACUUCUGUUGGACACGUUGCCAUACGUCCUUUAUUUUGGCAGUAAGCAGUGGUUAUUUUCUUUUUCUUUUUUUUUUCUUUUUUUUUCCGGGAUGGGAUUGGAAAGUGUCUUUGCUUGGGCUACCUCCAUCUUUGGGCCACAGGAGAAGAUUAACAGCCUGUUCUUCAAAUCCUCAACUUUUUCUUUCUCAGAUUGUAUAUUCAUUUUUAAGAUAUAUUAAAGAGAAUAUAA